GGAGGGGCUUAGUGGAAGUUGCAUGGUUGAGUCAGAGUUGUCUUUUAAACUACAACACUAUUAGUUAACAGUCAUCUAGUAGGUUAAUCACUUAAUCUGAUUCUAUUCAUUUAGAGUCUAGUAUUAAGUUUUAAUUUCAGAUUACUGUGAAGCUUAAUUGCUGUAAACUGACUUCUCAGAUCCCUCCUUGAAAUGAAAGCGGGCGGGCUCCACUGUAGAUGUGCCAGAUGUUUCCCUGUGCCUGUCCGGAGGCGGGUGCGAAAGCGUGCGCCUGCCGUCGUCCCGCUGCUGUCUCUUCCUGAAGAGCUGCUCCUGUGUGUCCUCCAGUGCCUCUCCGCUGAGGAUCUCCUCGCCGUCAGAGCUGUUCAUUCUCAUCUCCGAGACGUUGUUGAUGGGAACUCAAGCGUCUGGGCACGAGUGAGCUUCAAAGACCGCUGGCCGGCUCCUGACACCGUUUGGUUGUUUGAGAGAGCUGCGGAGAAGGGGAACUUUGAAGCUGCUGUGAAACUAGGAAUUGCGUAUUUGUACAAUGAAGGCCCUUCGCUCAGCGAGGAGGGCCGUGCUGAUCUGUGCGGCCGCAUGGCGGCGCGCUUCUUCAGUCUGGCCGAGAGCCUCAGGUCCCCGCUCUCAGACCCCUUCAUCUGGCUCUUCAUCCGGCCGCCGUGGUCCACGUCUGGAGGCUGCUGUAAGGCCGUGGUGUACGACCGGCUCCAGGCCGAGUGUGAGACCAACCUGGGCCGGAGAGGGCCGUUACUGUACUGUCUGGCUCGAGUCCUUCAGCUGUUUGAUGAUGAGGAGAAGCGUGGCGAGGCUGCGGUGAUGCUGAAGGAGUCGGCGCGCUGCGGGAGCGUGCAGAGCUCGUAUCUGCUGUGGGUGAUGAACCGCGGGACGUCGUCGACCGAUCCCGGCAGGUAUCUGCAGUGCAUGCGCACGCUCAGGGACUACGCUGCUAAAGGAUGCUGGGAAGCUCAGCUGGCAUUUGCGAAGUCAUGUGGAUCCGCAAGUCCUCUGGGUCUGGAGCCGCGGGCCUGCGCUGAAAUCAUGGCCCAGUUCUUCCACUCCGGACCGUCACCCCUGAGAUACCCCAAACACCUGCAGGGACAGGACAUCACCACCAAGAGGUAUAUUCUGGUGGACUGGCUGGUGGAGGUGACCACCAUGAAGGACUUCUCCAGUCAGGUGCUGCACGUGACCAUCAGCUGUGUGGACCGCUAUCUGAGCCGGCGCUCGGUGCCCAAGGCCCAGCUGCAGCUGCUGGGCAUCGCCUGCAUGGUGAUCAGCACACGAUACAUCAGCAAAGAGAUCCUGACCAUCCGCGAGGCCGUGUGGCUCACAGACAACACCUAUCAGUACGAGGACCUGGUGCGCAUGAUGGGGGAGGUCAUCUCCGUGCUGGACGGGAAGAUACGGACCCCCACAGUGCUGGAUUAUGGGGAGGUGCUUCAGUCUCUGCUUCCUGUGGAGCGGCGCAGCUCUCACCUCUUCAGCUACAUCUGUGAACUCUCUCUGCUCUGCUCGCCCCUCACCGUCCCGGGACCGGCCCGACUCGCCAGCGCCGUCCUUCUGCUCACCCGAGCGCUGCACAACUACGUUCCCGUGUGGCCCGUCCAGCUGGAGGAAAACACUGGACUCUCCAAACACGACCUGGUCUCCUGCGCGUUACUGCUCUACGUCAAGUGUUUCGGUCAGGAUGUGCCCAGAGACUACAGACACGAGUCUCUGACCGGAGUCAAGCAGAGGUUUGAGGACGACUCGUAUCAUCAGAUCAGCAGAGACGCGGUGAUGGGCUUUAAGGAGCUCUGUCAGGUGCUGGAGGUCCCAGAGGUGGAGCCGCAGGUGGAGGCGCCCAGCGCUUGCUGUCAGCUAGCAGAGAUGCACACCUUCCUGUCCUCUCCCACCAGCAACAGCAAGAGGAGGCGUGAGGACAGCAUGCAGGAGCACCGGGGCAGCUUCCUGGCCACGCCCACAGCUGAACUGUCGACUCAGGAGGAGAUGCUGCUGGGAGACAUCCUGGACUGGAGCCUGGACACUUCCUGCUCCGGCUACGAGGGUGACCGGGAGAGUGAGGGCGAGAAAGACGGAGAAAUAUCAGCUAUGGAGGUGCAGAUGGAGCCGGCGGUCGAGUGCGCUGACAGACAGAUGCAUUGUUGUGCUCUCUCCAGCGAUGACGACAGCCUUUGUGAAGAGCCCACCGAGGAGGAGGCGAUGGGUGGGAGCAGCAGACCCUGGACACGCCACCUAUCCUCCUCCUCGAGCACCUACUGCACAGAGCGCCUCAGCUCGGGAUACUCGUCCAUCCAAAGUGUUCCCAGUCCGCACGUCUCUUCCUCUGUGGUCUCUCCCAAAAAUCCCGCCGGUUUCUGUCUCCUGCUGCCGCCUGCACAAAGGACUCGCCGACAGGUGAAGAGGAAAAACACAGCAGCACAUAGCGAAGGAGAGGCGGAGCGCGACGAGGAUGCAGCCAACGUGGCCUUUCUUAGCCUCUGAUUGAUUGACAGGAAGCUGUCAUCACUUAACGCAUCACUUCCUGACCGCCCACCAGGAGCACAUUGGUUCACUGGUGCUGACGGUCUUUAUCUCAGAGCAGCAAGAGUGAGAUAAAGGGCCUGAAAUGUCAAUUUCUGAGCUUUAAAUAUGAUCAGAAAAACAAAGGUCAAGUUUUUUCCUUCCCAUAAUGCAGUUCACUUCGACUCCCGAUGGCGGGAGCGCCUUCACCCGACUGUUGCUGUUGAAAAGCAACGGGAUUAAUGCCUCAAAUGUGUUAAAAUCACUGGAACUGUCACUGUUUCUGAAGUCUUGUGUACGUUGUUACGUCUCCGAAUUUAUAAAGCAUACUGUUUACAUAAAAGGACUGAAAGUUUAUCAAAUAUGUCUUUUACGAAGUUACAUGCAGCUACGGAGAAAACCCACUCAGUCCAUGAAGGUUCAUGUUGACAGAUGCACUCUGUGAACAAAACUGGUUCGUUUACAUCGAUGUUUCUCAUCGCGUAUUUUGAUUAUUUAUCCUGAACUAGACUGAACGACUCCAGUGUUUUUAUAUUUGCGUAUUCGUUUGCGUUCGUCACUAAUCUUCUGCCAAAGUUCUUGCAUUAACUAUUUUCAUAUUGUUUUUCUGCUUGAUACCACUGAAGGUUUGACCUGUGAAACCUAUGGAAGCUUGUUUCCGACACGGAGUAAAAAACUGAUGCUUUAUUUCUUUCUCGCAGUUCUGACUUUUUUCCCCUCACUUUUGUGAGUUCACAUCUCGCAGUUCUGACUUUUUCGCAGAAUUAAAGAAUUUUAAACCUUUUAGAAAGUCAAAAUUGAGCUAAAUUGUUUUUCUCAGAAUUGUACUUUAUAACUCACGAUUGUGAGUUUAUUUGAAGAAUGAUUUUACGUUUUCUAAUACGUUCUAAAUCAGAACCGCACGAUGUAAACUUGCUAUUGUGAGAAAAAGGCAGAAUUGUGAGAGAUAGAUUCGCAAUUGUAAAUUAGCGAAAUAAAUUUUAUAUCACUCAAUUUUGAGAAGUCAGAAAAGUGCAAGAAAAGUCUGAAUUGUGAGCUAUAAAUUUGAAUUUGCUAAAUAAAUUUUUCAAAAAUAAGCGUACAUUUGUGUGGGAAAAAAAAUGGAACGAAAAAUAUAUAAAUUCGCAAUUAAAGUUCUGACUUUAUAACUUGCAACUGCAAACUUAAAUCUCGCAAUUCGUAGAAAAAAAGAACAGUCCAAAAAGUGGUAUAAAAAAGUGCAAAACAAUUUAUCCUGUGGUGAAAAUAAGCUUGCAUAGAAAACUGUAAACGUACAGUAAAGCUGUAUGAAUUUUUUCACAUACUUUUACGACAGAUCCAAUGCAACAGCCGAUGAAAGUGAUCGCUUUACAUGCUUUUUCAUAAUGACCUCGAGAGAUUCCUGAGCACUUUUUAUGACCUAAUGCUGAAAACCGAAAUGAUGCUUUGUAACGAGAGUUUUACCUUUAUAUAUGCUUGAACAAUCAACCGUACAUAUAUAUAUAUUUGUGAGUGUUCGACUGUGUUCAUCUGUUUGAGGUUAUGACACUAAAAGCAUUAAGUUAUUAUUUUUGUGCAGGUCUUGUUGGUACUGUAUGUUAAACAUCACUAAGGAUUGCAACUGUAAAUAAUUCAUUCUUGUGUAUAAGUGUAAAUAUAUAAAUGUAUGAAGCUGUGAAAGGCCAUGUGAACUUGAAAACAGACGUGUUUGUUAUAUUCUGAAAACCACAAUAAAACAAUGCAGUAGUUAUGUUUGCUAGCCU